AGAAGGCGAACGGCGAUGGCGGCGGUCGGAGCGAAUCCGCUGACUGAGGCAGAAGAUGGAGCGCCACAGCGCGAAGCGAUGCCGGACCAGGACAGCCAGCGGCGCCAGAUCGAGAGUGGGCGAGAGCGUCCACUGCGGGCUGGCGAAAGCUGGUUCCUUGUGGAGCAGCACUGGUACAAACAGUGGGAAGUGUACGUGCAGGGAGGAAACCAGGACUCCAGCACCAUCCCUGGCUGUAUCAAUAAUGCUAAGCUCUUUGAAGACAGCGUAAACUGGCACCUCAAGAAGGGACUGGUGGAAGGUGAGGACUAUGUGCUGCUCCCAGCAGCUGCUUGGAAUUACCUGGUCAGCUGGUAUGAUCUAGAGCAUGGCCAACCGCCCAUUGAACGCAAGGUCGUGGAUUUGCGUGGUAUCUGUGAGGUCGAAGUGUACCCAGUAGAACUGCUGCUUGUCCAGCACAGUGAUAUGGACACACCUCACACUGCUCAAUUCAGCCAAACAGAUUCUAUUGGUCUAGUUUUGCGUACCGCUCGAGAGCAGUUUGUGGUGAACCCCCAGGAAGAAACACGACUUUGGGUCAAGAACGCGGAGGGCUCUUUUGAGAGGUUGUGCAACACACGUGUCACAGUGCUUGACGCUGCUCUCAAGUCUGGGCAGUUGGUCAUCAUGGAGACUCGAAGCAAGGAUGGCACUUGGCCCAGCAAACAGCCACGUGCUGCGAGCAGCACGUCGAAGGAGGAUGAGAACUUCCAGGGCCAGCCAGGCAUCUGUGGUCUCACCAACCUGGGCAACACGUGCUUCAUGAAUUCGGCCCUGCAGUGCCUCAGCAAUGUGCCACAGCUCACCGAGUACUUCCUCAAAAACCGCUACCUGGAGGAGCUCAACUUCUGCAACCCGCUGGGCAUGAAGGGUGAGAUCGCAGAGGCCUAUGCGGACCUGGUGAAGCAAGCCUGGUCUGGCCACCACCGCUCCAUCGUGCCCAAUGUGUUCAAGACCAAGGUCGGCCACUUUGCAUCCCAGUUUCUGGGCUACCAGCAGCAUGACUCGCAGGAGCUGCUGUCGUUCCUUCUGGAUGGGCUGCAUGAGGACCUCAAUCGUGUAAAGAAGAAGGAAUAUGUGGAGCUGUGUGAUGCUGCUGGGCGGCCUGACCAUGAGGUCGCUCAGGAGGCCUGGCAGAACCACAAACGGAGGAACGAUUCUGUGAUUGUGGACACUUUCCACGGACUCUUCAAGUCCACACUGGUGUGUCCUGAUUGUGGCAAUGUGUCUGUGACCUUUGACCCCUUCUGCUACCUCAGUGUCCCACUGCCUGUCAGCCACAAGAGGGUCAUGGAGGUCUUCUUUGUCUCCAUGGACCCCCGCCGCAAGCCAGAGCAGCACCGACUUGUGGUCCCCAAGAAAGGCAAGAUCUCAGAUUUGUGUGUGGCCCUGGCCAAACACACUGGUGUCUCGCCUGAAAGGAUGAUGGUGGCCGAUGUCUUCAGUCACCGCUUCUAUAAGAUCUUCCAACUGGAGGAGUCUCUGAGCACCAUCCUGGAUCGAGAUGAUAUCUUCAUAUAUGAGGUAUCAGGCAGGUCCUCUAUCACUGAGAACACCAGGGAGGAUGUGGUGAUCCCUAUCUACCUGCGGGAGCGCACCCCAGCCCGGGACUACAACAACUCCUACUAUGGCCUGAUGCUCUUCGGACACCCACUCCUGGUGUCAGUGCCCCGGGACCGGCUCUCCUGGGAUGCCCUGUACCACAUCCUGCUGUACCGCCUCUCACGCUAUGUGACCAGACCCAGCUCAGAUGAUGAGGAUGAUGGUGAUGAGAAAGGUGAGGAAGAAGUAGACAUGGAGGGUAAGAACAGCAUCCCCAAUUCUGGAAACGUGGCUGGGGGCAGCUCCCAAGACCCUGGACCGGAGCAGGCUGGGCCCAGCUCUGGAGUCGCUAGCGGGAGCCGGGCCUCCGCGGACAACUCUCCUGGACCAUCUCACUGGCCCCAGAGAGCACGGCGCAAGCACCUGUUCACCCUGCAGACAGUGAACUCCAAUGGGACCAGCGACCGCUCAAACUUUAACGAGGAUACUCAAGCCCAGCCAUACAUUGCCAUCGACUGGGACCCAGAGAUGAAGAAGCGUUACUAUGAUGAGGUGGAGGCUGAGGGCUACGUCAAGCAUGACUGCGUUGGAUAUGUGCUGAAGAAGGCUCCUGUGCGGCUGCAGGAGUGCAUUGAGCUCUUCACCACUGUGGAGACCCUGGAGAAGGAAAACCCCUGGUACUGCCCCUCCUGCAAGCAGCACCAGCUGGCCACCAAGAAGCUGGACCUGUGGACACUGCCUGAGACACUCAUUAUCCACCUGAAGCGCUUUUCCUACACCAAGUUCUCCCGAGAGAAGCUGGAUACCCUUGUGGAGUUUCCUAUUCGGGACCUGGACUUCUCCGAGUUUGUCAUCAAGCCGCAGGACGAGUCAGCUCCAGAGCUGUACAAAUACGAUCUCAUUGCAGUGUCCAACCAUUAUGGGGGCCUGCGUGAUGGACACUACACAACAUUUGCCUGCAACAAGGACAGUGGGCAGUGGCACUACUUUGAUGACAACAGCGUCUCACCUGUGACUGAGAAUCAGAUUGAGUCCAAGGCAGCCUAUGUCCUCUUCUAUCAACGCCAGGAUGUGGCACGUCGCCUACAAACCAAGCCCCAGCCUGGCUUAUCUGACCCCCCAGCAACUCCUGCCUGUGAUCCCCUACCCAAAUCUGAGUUCAUGGAUAUCAACUGAACAGCCUUGGCCCUGCCACAGGAAAGGAAGCUAUCUCUGCUCUCUUCCUUCCCCUCUCCACUCCUGUCCCCUUACCCAUGUUAGGUGUCCCGUGCCAGGCAUCACAGGCUUAGUUGUGGCUACUGUUCUCUUGUGCCGCCAUAUUGCUCUUUCCUUGGGAAGAAGAGGUUGUGUCUCCUCCUGCAGUGUGUCCCUGCCUGUGUUUGCCUCUUAGAGCAUUAACCUUCCCUUCUAUCCUGUAUUUAUGGUUGUUCCCUUUCCUGUGUCUUCAACCUGGGGUGUACUGAUAGGGUGGUGGUGGGGUACACCUCAACACAGAGUGUAUUUUCUUAUUGAGACCCUGUACCUUCCACUGUGUAUAUAUAAAGUGCCAGUGCCAGUGUGUUCCUUGGCAA